GUUGGUUCCGCCGUUAACUAGACUAAAGAUUGCGUUUUGGAUUUACUUUGGAUUCUAAGCUUCUUUUUUAAAUGAUUGCAGAUUUGCAGAAAGAAAGCUUCUUCUUUUAUUAAGUUGUGGACAAAUGGCUGGUACUAGCAUGGCUGAACCUGAAGGUGUCAAGAUGUCCCAUGACUGUUCAGAGGAAGACGCAAGAAAGGAAUUAAAGGUUUUGUUAGAUAGGGUCAAAUCAGCUGCAACAAGCUUGAGCUAUUUGAGAUCAAAAGCUAGAAUCUUGGCCGUUCCUGGUCUGUCACUCGGUGCUCAACAGCUACAACUUAAAGAUGAUACUACAUUGGCUGGAACCAACAAGAACAAGGAUUCCUUGGUUAUAGAGGAUGGAGUCUAUACUUUGAAUACGCUCCAAUCCAUAGAAAUGGUUAUUACUGAUGCGCUGGAGUCUCUUUUGAGGAGGGUCACAGCGGCAGAAUCUGAAACGUGUUCUCAUAAGGAGAAGGUGAUUAUAUGUGAGGAAGAAAUUACAAGGAAGACAGUCCAAAUCCAGAAUCUGUCCUUGAGAUUAGAACAGACGGAACGGAUUGUAAUGACAGAGUGUGAGUCGCUUAAAAAUGCCCUCACUGCUUCCAACAAUGUUUUAGAUACACUUCUUUCUUCCUCCAGACGGCACUUCCAAACCAUUGAAGCCCGGUUGGUUGCUAAGUCGACACAAUUGGAAGGCGAGAAAGCGCAGAAAGAGGUACAAGUGCAAAAGCUGAUGGAGGAGAACAUGAAGCUGACCACUCUUCUUGAUAAGAAAGAAGCUCAGCUUCUGGCCUUAAAUGAACAAUGCAAAGUCAUGGCUCUGAAUGCUUCAAACAUCUGAUUCUGAAUCUUUCAUCUCUUGGCAAAAGAGAAGAUAUUCUAGGUGUAAUCCUUGGACGACAUAGCAUUUUUCUAUCGGAUUCUUUUCUGUUUUUUUUAAGAUUUGAAAAUUCUGGUAAACUAUCUGUAGAACAUGGCUUUGAAUAAAGCAAGCAUAGUUGAUCUGCUCACUUGUUAAACUCCUUGUCCCUGCUCACUUGCUAAUUUUCUGAAAACAUUAUCAUGACACUAAAC